CUGGGACAUGUGUUGUUCUUACAUGUGCUCUUUUUGAUCCAGCUGCUGAGGGAAUCACUGCCGGUAGCAGCCUCACACAGCUAUUGUUGAGGGCACAGAGAGGACUCCACAUGGACACACACAUUUUAAAAAAAUGCCUCAAGAAAAGGGCACUUUGGCCACCAUCACAAAAUGAAAGCUCAUCUUUGGUGAGUGUGAUGAGAGCAUUUAGAGAUGUCGAUUUGGAAAGCUGACAGCUAGUUAAGGCAUAUGGCCUGAAAGGAAGAAGGUGAUUUUUGACAGAUACAUGGUGGAUCUCUUCUUUUCUUUUGUUUGUGUGUUUAUUUUUUCUCCAACUGUCCUGUUGUGUGCACCCACAGCCCCGUUACUUUACUAUUAAAAGUCACAAUGGAAAAAUUCUCCCACUGAAAACUCUAUGUCGAGAAGAACAAAAUAAACUUUGGGAGAACGGACCAGUUAGUUUUAACAGCUCCUAAAUUAACAUGAAAAACAGUUUUCACCAACAAAUUCAGUUCACUGUUUGGGUCAAUGCGUCGUUCAGUGAGUCGUUCAGUGGGUUGUUCAGUAGGUGGUAAAACUGGGCCUUUUGUUUUGUCAUUAAGUAGGCAAAAGGGGGUGGGGUAGCAUACAGCUACAAAGAUAUAAAAGUAGCCAACUUGUGUUAUGCUGUGGUUAUUUGCCACUGUGUUUCCGCAGGAAACUGACUGAGAGAGAGAAGGACGAGAACAGAAGACAACUGUUCAGUUUUAAUUGUAAACAAGAUGGAGACAAAUUUUGUGUAUUGCCUGCUUUGCAAAAAGCCUCAAAAUUGCAUUCAAACACACCUGAGAAAAGUUUGCCUGAAAGACUGCACACCACAGGAACGUGAGGAAGAAGCUUCCAGAGCCAUUGACUCACAGAAGCUGUUUGGUAAUGAAGGUAGAGUCUGGAACUUCACAGAGCUCCAGGAGUACUGCAAGGAUGAAGAAGCUUGCAUUAAACUCUGCACUCGCCUUCAAUCACGUGGAUUUCUCAUCACGAACAGUCCCCAAGCAUGCCCGACAGUCGUGCCAACAGCGAGGCCUGAUAAGAAGAAAAUUCUUGCCGUGGCCAUGAAGGACAUCGACUAUUUCCAUGCAAGACUUUCAGGCGGUGAUUCCAUUCCCACAUUUGCAAUGACUACCUUCAGACAGUACUGCGAGGCCAUCCUGAUUUUACAGCAUGGACUGACAGCAAAUGCUGUUCAACAACUUUCUGUAGAGGAGUGGAUGGCGCGGAAAGCAGUAACUGAUGGUGCUGAGCUGAGUUCCACAGCAUUCAGUGGUAACUUGAUGAUAACCAGCCAGGAAGAACAAUUGUUGGACUGCUAUUUUAGGAACAUCCGUGCAGUGUCCUUGCAAAAUCAAGUUGCUGGCAGCGAUGACAGGGGCAAGUUCUUCCUAGGAGAAUGUGGGGUCCCACUGUCCAACCCAUCAUUAGAUGUAAAACGCCUGAGAGCGAGAUACCUGAGCACUGAACCUGAGGAUGCUAUGGCUGAGUCAGCAUCAAGCUCAGUAGGAGGACUACAGACACCAGGACAGGCCAGCACAUCAUCUACGCACCGCCCACUCCAAGAAUGGGAUGCCUUCCUCCAGGCCUUCCCGGUCACCCUGAAUGGAGAGCCACCAUCCAAACGGCAGUGUGUACAGGCUGGCUUUCCACAGCACAGACACCACUACAAGAAAUGGAGGGAUAUUCAGCUGAAGAAAAGAGUUGGGUACAUUCUCGGUCAGUCAGUUGGCAGAAGAGGUAACCCACCUCAGCCUGCACGUGUGCAGAUGGCUUUGGACAAGGAGAAAUGGCACACCAACAAGCCCACUGUCAAUGCCAUCUUGCAGGCCUGGGUUGCUCCGCAGCCCAGUAUACAAGACAACGAGUCCCUCAUGUCUUCGAUUGCAGAGCAGAAGUGGAAGGGCCUGGCUUUGCAAGACUUCGGGGAACGGAAGGGCAAAGGUGUGAUCGCACUUAUGCCUUUCCACAAAGGGGAUAUCGUGUGCGAUUACCACGGGACAUACAUCAGUGAAGCAGAAGGGAAACGGAGGCCCCAGUCGGGGUAUCUGUUCUUCUUCAGGGACGAGUGUGACCGAGGUAUGUGCAUCGAUGCCACUGCAUUCCCCUGUGCCUGUCAUCCCGACAUUGAAACCUAUGGAAGGCGAAUGAACCAUUCCCGGAAAAAUCCCAACAUCAAGCCCCAGAAGUUUACAAUGAACUUCCCUGCAGGACCUCAGGAGACAAUACUUUUCAUCGCCUUGAAGGACAUCACAGUUGGUGAGGAGCUUUUAUGGGACUACGGAGUAACUCGGAAAUCUUAUGGUGGUGAAGGGGAAGACUUGGAGUGGCUGGACAGCUGACUUUGAUUUUAUCUGUUCUUUUCCUCUUCUCUUUGCUUGGGUUUUUUUAUGCAGUGAUUUUAAUCUUCCCGGAGAUGGCAGUAAUUUGUUUUAAAAAAAAAAAACAAACAGCUGUUUUUACAUUGUAUUGCCAGUCAUUUAAAUGUGGUUUGAGGGUUUGUUUUGUUUUGUUUUGCUUUAAUUUACGUAUUGAAAUAAAAAGUGUCAUGUUUCCAAACUUCACUCUGCUUCAUAUUGUAUUAUAUAGGUUCACCGUUUCGUGUUUUAUUGUCAAAGUCUUGUGUUUCCAUGUUCAGGUGUCUUGUUUUGCUUCCCCUGUGACUCCAUUUUAAUUUCUCAUCUGUGUUCCCCAUGUCAUGACGACUCCUGAAGAGCAUGAUGAUUAACAUA